UGAAUUGUCAGCUGUUUUUGUUUACAAACUCCAUCACACAGAAAAAGUUUUGUUUACCGGGGAAAAUCCUUGAAAAAUCAUAAUGAAAGUGAGGAAAAAGCGGGAAUUGAGUUCAGACGAUGAGGAUAGAAAGGUGGAUGUUCUUGCUGAUGAUUCCCCGAAAGUCCCAGAACUCCUGACCCCUCUCAGUGCAGCUGAAAAGCUGAAGAAUCAGACAAAGUCUCGUUCGCAGAAGCGGAAGCGUCAGAAGAGAGACAGUGGCACGAGCAGUGAUGAAGAGAGAUGGUUGGAGAAGAUCAAGGAUCCCAAGAUGAUGACUGCCCGCCAGAGAGCCAUGUACGAGCGCGGAAAUGAAAAAGAGAUGAGUUCUGCUCCACCUCCGGAAGUUCUAAUGGCACUGCCGACAGGCUACAAGGAAAAAGUUCUAACAGCUGAAGCCCUGGAAAAGGCACAAUUGAUGUCGCAGAAGAGGAAGCAAAUGGCUGAUGAGAAGAGAGAAAAGGACAAGAAGAAGACAAUGGAACGCUUGUUGAAGAAACAGGAUUCCAAAGCGCCCAAAGGAACUAAGAAUCAGAAGAGUAAAACAGCACUGCCCACAAUUAUCUAUCGAGACACCCUCGAGGGCAUCACCCUGACCUAUCCACCAAAUGUCAACUAUCCACUGGUACCCCAAGGAUCCAGAGAACCCCCAAAGGUCACACCUUGCGCAAUUUGUGGAGAUCCUAAGAAGUACAAUUGCUCCAAGACAAAUGUCCCACUCUGCAGCUUCAGGUGCUACAAACAAAAUGUUGCAUCGAUUCAACAAAUCUUCUGCUGAUCGUAUUCUUUACGGUCCAGAGAGUCGGGAACUUCCUUUUAACCAGAGUUGAAAUGGAUACUCAUCACGAGAUAGCCUUGGAAGAAUACUACGGAAUGGGCAAGCAUAUCUAUGGAACCAGUAAAGCGACUCACAAAAUCUCGAAGUUAAAUCCUAUUUCCUAAAUGUUUUAUUUACAUCUUAUCAAUGAAAAUGUUACAAGAAGUUCUUAAAACCGCUAAAAAUAUUUUGCUAAAAUCUGAAAUAAAUAGCAUAAAAUAGUUAUAAUUUUCUAUCAUA